CAGAUAUGGGUGACGGUUUCAGUUAGCAGUAGAUGUGACAAAGCAGCUUUGUGAAACAUCUAAAGCUCACUGAGAGGGAAAAUGGAAACGAGUAGAUAUACCAGUGUGAUGGGAUUCCUCUUGAGUGUUGGGAUCCUUUUUCAGGGGUGUGACUCAGCGGUAAAAUGCAGGAAUGACAGAGGAGACGAAGUUGACUGGUAUAUUUUGUACAAGCGUCCCAAUGAGGAUAAACUUGGAUUGUCAUACUUUUACAUGGAUGAGAGCACCAACGGAUGGAUACUCAGCCAAGAGAACAUCAACAGUGAUUCUGGCACUCUCGCAAACACCCUGAGACCUCUUUUUGACUUCUAUGACAGAAAGAUCGAAGGCUUUGGAUACAUGCUGUACAGCGACCAGCCUCCAAAGCCGUAUGUUGCUCCUGCAUCGUUUGGUCACAGUAAAGGAGUUGUGUUGUUGGACAAAACGUCUGGAGUUUGGCUUUCACACAGUACACCCAAAUUUCCAGUAUAUCGCAGUAAAGCCUUCUGGCCUGAUAAUGGAAAUGCAAACGCUCAAGCAUUUAUGUGCGUGACUUACCCGUAUAAGCAGUUCAAAGAAAUAGGAGUGCAGCUCAAGUACAUCCAUGCUUAUUCGUAUGACUCUGAAAUCCCAACAACCUUUCACAAUGAGCUGCAGUGUGUGGCACAGCGAGACUGCUACCCGAAAAAGGAACCCUGGUUUAGUCAGGCGACGCUGACUUCUUCACGCGGCCGUAACUUCAUCAGCUUUGCAAAAUACACACGCUUUGGUGAUGAUCUUUACUCUGGUCUUGUUACAAAAAACAUUAGGGGGAAUCUGUAUGUUAAGAGCUGGGGAAAGAUGCACCACAAUCGCAGUCUGCCUUCUAACUGCAGUUCAAGCAUCCCUAACCAUGUGUACAACGUGAAAGAAGUAAAGCUUCCAAACAGGAAGGCCUUCAGUGAUACUGUGGAUCACUCAAAGUGGUGCGUGACUGCAGACGGUGACUGGAUCUGCAUCGCUGAUAUGAACCGAGAGGAGAGUCAGAUGAAAAGAGGUGGAGGAGCAAUAUGCACUAAUGACAGAGUAGUUGGGAUGGCUUUCUAUAGACUGAUACGCAAUUUUGAACCAUGUAAAGAUCCACGCUCUGUUGGUAGACGAGAGCUGUGAAGGAACAACCCGAGUGUUGGACCAAUAUUAUAAAAACCUCCGUUUAAAUAAGCACAUCAGCUCAGCUGUCCAGUCUUGACUCGUGCAGCUUUAGGUUCAGUUUGUUUCUAAAAGAAAUCCAGAGAUGGUUACAGAGUGCCUGCUUUUGUCCCUUCAUUGUUCGCACGACUGGACCAAAAUGGAGCAAUCAGAGUUUUUAAAUGUCUUGAUCAUGUUGUUUCAUUUUUUUAAUCUCUUAUUAAGUUUUGUUUUUAUUUCCUAUCAUGUCCUGUGAAGCGCUUUGUAACUUUGUUUUGAUAGAUGCUAUAUAACUAAAGGCAUUAUCAUUAUUAAGAAAAAUCGAUGGACUAUUAAAAACUUGAUUUUAUUACACAAACUUCUGUAUCUGGUAGAAAAACAGUUUCGACCUCAGGGUCCUCUGCAGUGUCCUCGUGCACCGUUACUUCAAACUAAAUGAAUUAAAUGUGAAUGAUUUAACGCCCACUUGGAACUUAUUGCCAGCUGUGCAAACCAAGCACUUGCUGCAGCUCCACACAUUGAAAAGCCUUUUGUACACCCUGAACCCUGCAUGUUGACGUUCCAGUGGAAGGACAGGAGGAAUGUUUGUGGCUUUGCUUGUCUGUGCAUGUCUAUUUUCUACUUUUUCAUUUAUAUUUUUGGGUUUUUGACACUGAGCAACUUCCACUCGCCUCCUAUGUAAAAAUGCAGUUCUUGUCCUCUUUGGCAGCGUCUGCUUGCAACAGGUUUUCAGCUUUCAGCUGUUUCUGUGGCACCAAAAUGUUGCACCUGUAGAUUAAUUUCCAGAAUCUUUCCAGCUUGUUCAUUUUUGUGAUGCGGUGUGUUAAAUGCAAAACACCUUGUCAUUGGA